UCUGUUGCUCUUGUUGACUCCUACUUUGACUUCAGCCAGAGAAAGGAAAGAUUUGAAAUACUAGGGCAUUUUUGGCAGAUGUUUUGCAGAUAAAGUACUUUGGAACAAACAUAUAAUUUAUUUACUAUAUCUAUCAAUAGACCACACAUCCUGACCAAGACUUAAUGCCACGGAAACAAUAUGAAACAGCAGAACUUGAGCUGCGUUUUGUUGGUGGGUCUUCUGUGGAUUUGUCCUGUUUAUCUUUCCAGAAGAAAUGAUAAAUUCCCGAUAGAAAAUCCAAUGGAAAUAAGAGAAAAGUGUUUCAAAGACCAAAAGAGAUGUUUACUUGUUCCUGGUAACUUCAAUGGCUUCAUCACCGCAUCAAAGCACUUGAAUCAUUCAGGGGAUGCUUGCAUAGUAUUUCUGCAGAAAAACAAAACCAGAAACAAUUUUGGGGAAUGGUGGCCACGAGUGGAGAAGAAUGGAAGUUCUUACCUACUUUACAUGGCAAAACAACAUGUGAAAAAAGACCAGCGUAUGUACGUUCUGUAUGGGAAGAACUGCAGCUCCACAAUAUCUACCAUGACAGAGUGUGUCUUCAGUCACACUGUUACAGGCACUUGUCAGAUAAGAUGUGUGCAGACAAAUACUGUAUGCAAACAAUCUCCCUAUAAGGAAAACGACUGUAAGGGCCAUGUAGCUUCCUCGGCCAAAUACAGAAUCAACUUAACAGAAACAAGCUCCAGCUGCCUCAACUGUGACAAUCCAGUGAAAAAGCCUGACAAGACUAUAAAUCUGGAUAAAGCAAUUACAGUUGUUGGAGGAAAGCUUGAUGCAGUCCAAACUGUUGAACUAAUCAAUGGAGUGGGCAAUAUUGUUACCAAUAUGACUGAACUUUCUGCUGUAAUAUCUGUGGGAGAACACAUCAAGGGAAUCAUAGAGAAAAAACGUGAGCCUGAGGAUGUAGACGAAGUAUCCUUUGCAAGCGUGUCUCCACAUGACCCCAUAAACAUUAUAGAAGACAAAGAAAUACUGCCUACAUUUUCAAGAUCUGUUACAGUCCCAAAAGAAGCCUUUGAACAAGCUAUCAGCUUAAAUGUCACUACAGCACAUGUAACUGUUUUCCGAUUGUUCAAUUUCUCUUUGGAUGAGUUCAACAGCACUGUUUUAGGUGAUGAGGUUGUAUCAGUUGAGGUGGGAGUCGCUAUCGCUAAUCUUACAGACACAGUAAAAAUCUAUUUAAGGAACAUCGAAUAUAAAGGGAUUCCAUCUUGUCAAUCAUGGAAUGGUGAAGGAAGCCGACCAAAAUGGACUAGUAAUGAUUGUGACACAAUAAUAAGUGGCGACAACGUUACAUGCCAGUGUACACAUUUGACAUUCUUUGCUGUCUUACUGGCACCCCUUAAUGAAACCAUCUCUAGUUCUGACUUGAAGCAGCUCACCAUCAUCACCCAAGUCGGCUGUGGCUUGUCCACGCUGUUCCUCAGCGUAGCCCUCUUCAUGCACUUCCUUUUUAGGAGGACCAUGGCCAGUAAAGCCACAAUCAUUCUCAUCCAACUGAUGUCAGCCAUGUUGCUGCUGAACCUAACUUUCAUGACCAACAACUAUGUGGCACAACUAAAGAACUCUGUGGGCUGUAAGAUCAUGGGAGCUCUCAUGCACUACUUUAUGUUGGCCACUUUCACCUGGUUUGCUGCACAGGCCUUCCACCUCUGCCUGCAGCUGUACACAGGGGGCAAUAUUCUAAUCCACAACUACUUGCUGAAAGUCUCCAUUAUCACCUGGGUGGUACCAAGUAUAGCCGUGAUCGUCCUGUUCAGCACUGGGAAAUACAGUCAACAGGUCAUCCACACUGAUAACACUGGAGACAUCGUGACCAUGUGCUGGAUAACAGACAGCGACGUCCACUACAUCGUCAACAUUGGCUACUAUGCGUUGGUUUUCCUCUUCACCUUUUCUACAUUCCUCAUCAUAGUAACUUGGCUCUUUCAACUUAAGAGAGUCAAAGGACCUAAUGUACCAUUGAGCCAAAAUGGCAGAAGCAUCGUAACCAUCCUGGGUCUGUGUUGUAUUCUGGGUAUCACGUGGGGUUUUGCCUUCUUCGCCCAUGGUGUCCUCCAGAUCCCUGCCUUCUACAUUUUCACAGUCCUCAACUCUUCCCAAGGCCUCUUCCUCUUCAUUUACUACUACAACACCAGCCACCUGAGAGAGAUAAAUGCUGGUGUGAGUAACCUCAACAGUACUGGCAGCACCAUCGUCCUAAAGAACAGCUUUGACAGUGAAGAGAACCCUUACGGUAAUAUGCCAGGCCAAAAGAUGAACAGGGAAUGAGGAGCGAUUAAGAGUUCAUGUCCAGCUCUAAGUGCAAGAAAUGCAAUUGCAAGUCAACAAGAUGUACAACUUUGUUAUCCAGUGCAACAAUGAGAGGAAUCUUUCUUAUCAUAUUAUUAUUAUUAUUAAUAUGUAGGAAAAACGCUUGUUUAUCUUAAAACCAAAAUUAGUUUUGAGCAAUUUUAUAUAAUGAAUCUUCAGCUUUUAUAUAAAAUGUCUGCUUUGGGUAUAUAUUGUAAAAAUAAAAAGGUUCUUCUCAAAUGACACAUAAGCGAUGCAAAAUGA